AUGCAUUCAAGCAGCAUCCAAGAUAAGGUUCCUCCAGAUGAUUCUCAUGAUAUAUCUGAUAUUCAAGAUAUGGAAGGAGUUAAAUCUCAAGUGGUUGGUUCAGGGAUUAGUUCUGACAAAAUAUCGUUCAAAGAAGUAGUUUCUAGCUCAUCCCAAUGGUUCCCCGAAGCUAAAGCUGUUUACCUCAGCUCCAUGGAAUGGGAUGAGCCGGAAUUAGAAGCUCCAACUGGUGUUAAUGUUGUCCAAUUUUCGAAAGAAAAGUUAUCCCAGCUUCGUAAGCCAUGGGGUUUAACUUUGAUGGGGAAAUGUCUGGGCAUUUUAGUAAGGCCCUCCUUUAUCACUCAAAGAGUGAGGUUGAUGUGGAAACCUCGUGGUACUCUCGAAGUCAUUGAUUUAGGCAAGGAUACAUAUCUUUUUAGGUUCAGUCUUCAAGAUGAUUAUGAGAGAGCCUUAUUUGGUGGUCCAUGGUAUGUGUUAGAUCACUACUUAAUGGUUACUCAAUGGCAACCAAAUUUCAUACCAACUCAUAAUCCUUUUAGUUCUAUGGCAGUUUGGAUUCACCUUCCAGAGUUACCUGUUGAGUAUUACGACAAAGAAGCUCUAUUCACCAUAGCAAGUAAAUUGGGUAAGCCAAUUCGUGUUGACUAUGCUACCAAUCAUCUCACAAGAGCCAGAUAUGCUCGUAUUUGUAUCGAAAUUAAUCUUUCAAAGCCCAUUACCUCUAAAAUUUGGAUUGGAAAUCAAUGGCAAGUGAUCCUAUAUGAAAACCUUCAUUCUCUAUGUUUUGUUUGCGGUAGGAUUGGUCAUCAGAAAAACCAGUGCACUGAAUCCAAAGGGAAAACUGUCAUGGUUCAGCUUGAGUCAGAAAGUGGGGAAGGGACAGAUGGCUCUCAGUUGUAUCCUUCUCAGAAUAUUGAUACAGGUGUCUCAAAUGCAAAAGAUGAUGGGGGGACAUUUGUCUCAAAUAAUCAGGGGUUGCAAAGUCCAACUAGGAAUUCUCCUAGCCCACUGAAAGUUUCUACUAAGAAAAGUUUAGGGGAGGAAUUUGGGCCAUGGACCAUGGUCUCACACCCGUAA